CUCCAAUCCACGGCGGAGGGAGGGAAGGAGGUCGCUGGGAAUCGGGAUGGAGUCAGCAGUGGGUGCCAGCGGGCCUGGUGGACCGGACGGACCGGCCGUCCGGUUUGGAUGCGCCUCGUUCAACCAAGACGCCACGUCAUUGGCGUUGGGAACAAAGACUGGGUACAAGCUGUUUUCUUUGACCACAGUGGAUAAACUGGACUGCAUUCAUGAGAGUGCAGAGGCUUCCGAUGUCUACAUAGUGGAGCGUCUCUUCUCUAGCAGUCUGGUUGUUGUUGUAAGCACCACCUCGCCGCAGCGCAUGAAUAUCUACCACUUCAAGAAAGGCACAGAGAUUUGUAACUACAGCUACCCCAACAACAUACUGGCUGUCAAGCUCAACAGACAUAGGCUUGUUGUGUGCCUUGAAGAAUCCAUUUAUAUCCACAACAUCAAAGACAUGAAGCUGCUCAAGACUCUGCUCAACAUUCCGUCCAACCCUUCAGGCCUCUGUGCUCUAUCUACCAAUCAUUCCAACUCCUACCUGGCAUACCCUGGCAGCGCUACGAUGGGAGAGAUAUUAGUUUAUGAUGCCAAAAAUAUGAGCACAGUGACGAUGGUCCCGGCGCACGACAGUCCUUUGGCAGCUCUUUGCUUCAAUGCGUCAGCCACCAAACUUGCCAGCGCCUCGGAGCGGGGCACUGUAAUCCGAGUGUUUUCCAUUCCUGAGGGCUUCCGUCUAUUUGAGUUCCGUCGUGGCAUGAAGAGGUACGUCAACAUCAGCUCUUUGUCCUUCAGCCCUGACGCCCAGUUCCUCUGUGCUUCCAGCAACACUGAAACAGUACAUAUCUUUAAACUGGAGCAAGUGGGACCAAGUGGAGAUGAGACUUGGUCAGCCUAUGUGGGGAAGAUGUUCACAGCAGCCAGCAGCUACCUACCUGUUCAGGUAUCUGGUAUGAUGAGCCAGGACCGCGCCUUUGCCACAGUUCAUCUCGUCACGUCAGGCCAGAAGAACGUUUGUGCUCUUGCCAUGAUCCAGAAGCAUCCACGUUUGCUGGUGGCUACAGCUGAUGGCCAACUUUUCAUCUACAAUGUGAACCCACAGGACGGAGGCGAAUGCAUGUUGGCGUACAAUCACAGGCUUUUUGGUGUUGACGAUCUGAUGGUAGCACAGGCAUGUCCCUCAUAUGCUGCAACUGUUGCCUUACCAGCUUCUAGUCCUAUCACAGCAACUCUCACUGGCUACUCUGAAGAUGGUGGAGCAAAGAACGGUGAAGUCAUCCCAGAACACGAGUUGGCUGAUGGACCCGUGUGUCUGGAUGAUGAGAACGAGUUUCCUCCUGUGAGCAUCCAGAAGUGCUAACUAAGCAAGUUCCUGUUGUAGUAAAGCCGAUUAGUUGGUGCCGGGAUGGGACUGAAGUUGGCCAGCUCGUGAGGUUCUAGAGGUCACAUACAAGCCAAGCAAGGGAGAUGAGCAGGAAUAUCAUUUUCAUGGUGCCAAGCUACUUUGUCUGUCUGUGAUGAAAAAAAAAAUUGAAGACUUAACCCUUUGAAACAAGGCACUAACAAUUUUAAAGAGUUCCUGUACAAUUGUAGUUUGAGAAAUGUGCCCAUUUGGUAAUAUGUUCCAAAACAAUGCCACAAUGGUAUGAAUCAGAUUUUGUCAAAAGUGGUUUCAAACCUUCUCCAAGCUUACUCAAAAUAUCACAUGUGAGGUUGGAGGUUUUUUUUUCAAUAAUGGCAACUUAAAAGGAAAUCAGGGAGUUUAUGCUUAGGUAUUUUAUGAAUAUUUGAGGUGCAUGCUGGGACAGCAAUAUCCCGUUAACCAUAAUUUGCAAAGCCCAACUACUUGACAAAUAUUUUAUUAAGGUGUGUAAUAGUAGCAACAUGUUUAAAUAAUAUCUUUGGUUUGUCUUCAUCGCAUAUCUCAUUUUUAAUCUGUAUUUUAUUUUAUUGUGUUGACAUGAGUCGAGUGCUGGUGUCCUGAAAACAGGUCAGGAAAUGUGUCUGUACUGUAUGUUGUAUGUGACUAUUAUCAUUUAUAUAACAAAGCAAAGUAUUUUGCUGAUUGCACAAGACCAAAACAAAUAAACAAAGUGGCAUAUAACUGG